GUUCAAUAAAAAUUGCGUACGAAUCAGUGGUGCCACGAGUCUAGAACUCUUGAAAACGUAGUAAUGGAUGAUUUAUUUAAAUAUGUCAUAAGUAUUAGCGAUAAAAAUUGUUUAAUUUAUUCUUCAACCAGAUAGUUGGUAAGAGAAGAUCCAUAACCUACCUAAAUACUUAAUAGAAUAAAAAUGAGUUCUCUUAAACGAAAGAAAUUAAAAACUAAGAAAGUAGAACGGUCAACUUUAAAAGUAGCAGGGAAAUCCCGUAAACAAAUGCGCAAAGAGCUCAGGCAGCAAAAGAAAAUUAAUAGAUCAGUUUAUUUAAAAAACAGAAAUGAAUUACGUACUACACGUGGGUACGUCAAUGACAAUAAAACAAAUCAUAGCGAGCUAGUUGACAAAACAAUACAAGAAGGAUAUAAGGAAUGUACAAAAGAAAUUAAAAAAAGGAAGCUUGAAGAACUUGAACAUAAAAAGAAAAAUAAAAAACACAAAUUACUUAAUGAAGCUAAUUUAAAAGAGGACAGAGAAAUUAAAAAAUUAGAAAAAAGAUUGAAAUUAAAUAAAAGAAAAAAUAAGACAAUUCCUAAGUCUUUUGUAACAGAUGGUUUGGACUAUCUUUUAGAUUUUUGUUUAGAGAAAGAUAGGAAACAUAUCAUAGAAACAGAAAAGAUCUUAGAAAAUGAAUUUAAUAUUGAUCUUGAUACAAAUUCAUCAGAAACAGUGGGAGGAAAUGAAUAUGCAAAUAUCAAUUCAGAUACUGUUAAUAAAAGUAAGAAUGAAAAUAUUGAUUUUGAUGCAUUUGUUGAGGAACAAUCUGAUAACAACAGUGAUUCAGACGGACUUAUGCAAGUGAAAGUACCUAAGACUAAAAAGACAAAAUUGGCAGAAGCUAAGAAACCUGAUAAUAUUGACAUCAAUGACAAAGAUACAUGGGAAGAUAUUUAUGGAAGAAAAAGAGAUAAAGAAGGCAAUAUUAUACAUAAUACUAGCAGAUAUGUUCCACCUGCUGUACGAGCAAAUACUAUGCAUAAUAUGAAUCCUAAUGAUGAAAAAUUGCUUUCCUUAAAAAAAAAAUUAAAGGGUUGUUUAAACAGAGUGACAGAACAGAAUAUGUAUAGUAUAGCAAACCAGAUAGAAGAAAUGUAUAUGACAAAUAGUCGUAAUAAUAUGAACAAUGUACUAUCAGAAUUAGUGAUUGAAAGUUUAGUAUCACAUGUACUUACACCAGAUCGUCUUAUUUCUGAGCAUAUGAUGUUAAUUGCGAUAUUACAUGCUAAUAUUGGUAUUGAAGUGGGAGCUAAUUUUUUAGAAAAGCUUAUUAAACAAUUUGUUGAGAUGAUGGAAAAGUUACAAGAUGUAGCAAACAAAGAAUUGGAUAAUGUUGUUCUCAUGAUUUCACAUUUAUAUAAUUUUAAAGUAUUUGGAUAUAAGCUCCUUUAUCAGAUACUUGAUAAAUUGAUGGCUAAGUUUACAGAAAAAGAGAUUGAAUUGAUAUUACUUAUUCUAAAAACAGUGGGAUUUUCAUUGAGAAAAGAUGAUCCAAGUGCUUUAAAGGAAUUUAUACAAAGUCUACAGCGAAAAGCUAGUCACGAAAAUGGAGAAAAUUCAAGAAUUAAAUUUAUGUUGGAAAUUUUGCUAGCAAUAAAAAAUAACAAUAUCAAUAAAAUACCUCAGUAUGAUCCUUCUCACGUGGAGCAUUUGAAAAAAGUUAUAAAAAGUGUAAUACGCAAAGGCAAUAUAAUAACACAGUUCAAUGUGUCUCUAAUGGAUUUAUUACAUGCUGAUGAAAGUGGUAAGUGGUGGAUUAUAGGAUCAGCAUGGUCUGGUUCAAGUAAUGUGAAUGAUAAAGGAAAUGCAAUAGAAUAUGAUAAGCUUAAUUUUGGUGCAAAAAUUCUGGAAUUGGCACGAAAACAGAGAAUGAAUACUGAUACAAGAAAAAAUAUUUUCUGUAUCCUUAUGACAGCUGAAGAUUAUUUAGAUGCAUUUGAAAAACUGCAUCAUCUUGGUUUAAAGAAUCAACAAGAAGCAGAAAUCAUACAUGUAUUAAUGCAUUGCUGCUUACAAGAAAAUAAGUUUAAUCCUUAUUAUGCAAUAUUAGCUCAAAAGUUGUGUGAAUAUAACAGAAAGUAUCAGAAGAGAGUUGUCGCGCGUUGUUGCUUGCGGAGGUGGGGAUUCUAACAAAGGUCAGUGGCAAGGACUAUCUCUUGGAAAACAUCGUGAUCGAAAAAGGAAGAUUUAAAACACAACUUGUCGCGACACUAAGGCAUGCAGAGAAAUAAAAAAAAAAAAACAAAUCAAAGCAGCAAUAAUUAUAUAUUUUGAUCUGUAUCGCAUACUUCAAUUAUAAUAGGUAUACAUCAAUUACAGUAGGCAUUUAAACAUCUAUAUGUUUUUUAGUUCCUGGAAAAAAGUUACUUAGAACUAUCUAAAUUACUGAAACUAAUAUAUUAAAAAUUAACAAAUGCAUAUUGACAAAAUUACUAAUGUUAUGUAAUAAAACUCUAACUUUAUUCAGUUGUGUAUCCGGAAAGAUCAUAAGUAUACAGUUUUAUAUAUAAAUUGUGUUUCUAUAGAUGUAAUUUAUACGAUACGAUGUAAAAUAAGUAGAAUCUGUUUAAAGAGUAUGAGGUUUAGAUUUGAUAAUAUAUGUAAGUAAUCAAGGAUUGCUUAUUUUAAUAAUUUAUUUAAUAUCAUCCUCGACACCUUUUACUCCGUCUUCUUUGUUCUUUACAAUACCAUAUUGCUUCACUACGUAAAUUAUAUAUUUAUUCACGAGACAAAAAUUAUUCUGAAACCGGAUUUUAAGCCGAUACAGCAUCUCAAAGCUUCUUGUGAAAGCUUUUACGGUUUUCUUUUCUUUCUUUCUGUAUCUUAUCUUUUUUUUCAUUGAAUCCUGAGCGUUAAUUGCACUAUUCAUUUUCUUAAAGACAUUUAUAUUUUGCAAUUUUACAAUUAUAUUGUUCUAAUAUAAUAUAAUCUUUCACUUCUUAAUGUAAUAUUACAUUAGGAAAUAAUGUAGGAAGGUGUCGAGAUUGGUAUAAUUACAAAAUAUUAACAAAAUACUUUAAAGACAUAUUUUAAAGGAAAGAAUAUAUUUUAUUGCAAUUUCAUGUUUUACUGUAAUUUUACCGCAAGAGCACAAUGAUGUCAUUCGUAACAAACGGAACUACCAAAUGACGUCAUCUGUGACAAACGGAACUAUAUACUAAAUGUAUUUAAAAUACUACGUAUGUACAUACUUAUAAAUACGUACAUACAAUCAGAGCGGAAAUCCUCUCUGAUACAAUAUGUCUGUAAUUAUAGAAACUUUGUAAUCAUAAAUCAACAAUAAGAAUAAGAAUGGUGAUUAUUCUAAUCGAUGAAAUCUAUUCUAUCCAUCAAAUAUUUUGGAUAGAAAUCCGUUUUAAGUAUGACCAAAUAUUUCAUAGCGAUAUUUAACCUUCUAUUGGAUGUGGUAUGAAUCAGACCAUUGAUAAAUAAGCAAUAACAAAAUAAUUAAUCAACAAAGAAUUCAACUAGCAACUAGCGUUGCAUUGUAAAGGUAUCAAAUACAAUUAGUACUAGUGAGAAAUACAAAUAAGUAAGUUUACUAUUGUUUAUAAUCACACAAGUCUUUAUUUAUUAAACUAGUUUUACAAAAUUAGUAGUUUACUGAAAGCAACUCCCUGGUAAGCGAAUAAGAAACGUAUAGGAGAAACCUAUCAGCGAUUUAGGCUGGGGUCAUAUAUACAUAAAUGUAUAUCUAUUUCUUAUAUCAAUGGCUAUAUAGAAAAAAACAGAAAAAUAAUAUUACAUUUGUUGAAUUCUUCCUACAUUUUUUAUUUCUAGUAUCAACGACACCUAAGUAAAGAAAGACUACUCUUAUACGGUCUUCAGCAAUAAAAAUUAGGGAAUAUAUUAACAAUAAUUUGGAUAGGGAUAUUAGCUAUGUAUUAAAUUAACGCUACCUGUGAUCUUUUAUUUCAAUUCUUGUUUAAUUCCAAUUGUUUGACUGAUUAGUUAAAGAAACCUCCAAUAAAAAGUUAGUGAUCUAUGAAUAUGAUUGAAUUACAUACACAUGUACUUAUGUAGUCUGCUUGGAAAAAGCACAUUGACGGAUCGACGUUGGUAUGUCUCAUAGUAGAAUGUAGAAGCAUCGAGAUUUCUUUAGCGAGACAUAGUUUUAGUUAGGAAGCUUCAAAACUGUUAUUUAUCAUAUAAUCAUGAAUCAAAUUUGAAGUAAAAAUUCCAAACAUGAUACAUUUGUUUAUCAUCUGGUUAAAAUGCAAAUCAUCUUCAAAUUUUUCAAACAAUAAUACGCUUUUUGUCAAAAAUGGAAGUAAAAUACACCAUAUUCUUGAACAACGUGGGAGUUUGAAACACCGACUAAUGGAAUAGCUGAAAAUCCGUGUAUGUAUAAUUUUUGACUCCUCGAAAAUUUAACUGCAAUAAUUUAUCGUUUUGUCGUCAAUUAAGAAUUAUUUGUUUUGUAUGCUACAUAGUAUUACAAUUAUUAUUGUGUAUUUAUAAUAAAAUAAGACAUAAAAGUCGCAGAUUAAGAAAUUCUCACGAAAAGUGAUCUGUUCAAUACAAAUCGGUAACAUACAACGGAUCUUUUAUGAUAUAUUAUUCUUCCAUAAAUCAUUUCCUUUUUUUCAUAAAUAGCGUUAUUGUUGUAACGAGCUGAAUGAAUUGAUUCGAAACAAGCGUGCGGUCACAUAUGGAAAAAUUCAUAUAUCUAAUAUCAUGUUAUUUAAACCUGUAUUAUUAAAGGGUCAAUUGUAUAUGUAAAGUAAAACAUCAAUUUUUUUCUUUUCAAUUGUCUAUUAUAAAUAUCAAAGCAGUAUGAUGAAAAUAAAUACUUUAAUUGAA